AUGGAUCAGCUCAAUGUAUCUCCCGAGACCGCGCAGAGCCUUCAAUCAAUGUCUGCAAAGGACAAGCAGGACCUGAAUCAAUUCAUCCAGAACGAAUCUCAGAAGGCGCAAAUCCAAUCAACAAUCCACGGCCUCACCGACACCUGCUUUAAAAAAUGCAUCACCUCCAAGAUCACCUCGGGCAAUCUGGAUCGUACCGAGGAACCAUGCAUGCGUAACUGCGUGGACCGAUUCAUGGAUGCCAACCUGGCUGUGAUUAAGAACCUGGAGAAGAUGCGAACCAUGGGAUAG